UGACUCAAUCGCAUCAACCCAUACACACGCGCAUUUACCCUUUGGCGCAAACCAUUGCAGCAACAAUUCUUGCUUAGUCCAUAACCGGAUGGCAGCUUUUUUUCUCUCUCUCACUCUAAAUUGGGAAGUGAAGUCACUCUAACAACGCAUUAGGGUUGGGUCCCUACUGGUGAAACGAAGUCCUUUUUAAUAUCUUACAAUAUUGCACACAGAAAACUGCUGAUUAGCCUACAAACCAACGAUGACAAUCUUCCUAAUCUGACUGCGUAAAAGUUGAUCAGGCUGAUGAUUGGACAUAGAGCAAUUAAGGUGCAGAGCUGUUGGGCUUCUGUAGGCUUUGCUCCGAGUGUUGUUAUCGUCCAGCAAUGUUUUGAGAAGUAUUUAUUGCCGUCAUGCAUUUUGAGGUGCACAAACACAUUGCAUCAUGUGUGUUUCAAGCAACAUGUAAUUUGCAAUUGAAUGUAGGCCCAUUUCUAAUUUGUUAUAGGACAUUGUCAUUCAAAAGCCUGUUGCUUGCAACAUUCUAAACUUGAAUAGCCACAUCCUAAUAACCAUAGUGGUGAUGAACAUUGUAGAGCCUUCCUGUAGUUUUUCUAAAUAUGACUCCGGAAAUUGCAAUUGAUGUAAAAAAAAACUCUGACCGCAAAUUUGCGCACUGUGAUAAAAAGAUUCUCCUUCCAAAGUAGGUUACAAAGUAAGACCAUGUUCCCUUUAGCAAACGGAUCAUUAAAUGUGCUCUUACAAAUAACCAUCUAUCGUCGAUGUAGGAAAGUGCAUAUUUUAAGGCCUUUACGUUUUUAGUCUGCAAGUAGGUCUAUAGAUGGAGACUAUAGAUAUGGCUAAUAAUAUGAUAGGCCCAAUGCACUUCCUUGAGGUUGAAUGUAAAAUAUGACUUUAAACAAAUUCACAAUACAUUGUUUUAUGAUUUAAUAGCGUGCAACGUUAGACAGUAGAAAAUGUGAGUUUCUGUAUUUUCAUAGAAAAUAUUUGCCUUUAAUUAUCAAUUUCAAUGGGUUUAUCAGGAAAGCUAUCACACAUUGCUUAUGCCUCAAUCUGGCUUUAAGGCAUGGAGUAGACCAAAGCUACUUACGUUUGUCUAUCAUCAUAAUGUGUUCAGAAAAUCGAAACCUUCUUUGGCCUUUUAGGUAAAAAAUAAAUAAAAAAUAAAUAAAUAGCCUAGAUGAGAUGAACCCAAGCCCGAUAACAAGGCACAGCAUUAAUAGCCUACUAGUAUACUUAGAUGUAUUAUGCAUUUUCUGUCUUAUACAUAUAAAAGUUAAAAGUCCUCAUUUGUGAAAGAAGAUAACGAAAAAUAAUUGAACUGUCCCUGUUCAAACUGUCCCUGUCCAUGUUUAAGCUGUCCCUGUCCAUGUUUAAGCUGUCCCUGUCCAUGUUUAAGCUGUCCCUGUCCAUGUUUAAGCUGUCCCUGUCCAUGUUUAAGCUGUCCCUGUCCAUGUUUAAGCUGUCCCUGUCCAUGUUUAAGCUGUCCCUGUCCAUGUUUAAGCUGUCCCUGUCCAUGUUUAAGCUGUCCCUGUCCAUGUUUAAGCUGUCCCUGUCCAUGUUUAAGCUGUCCCUGUCCAUGUUUAAGCUGUCCCUGUCCAUGUUUAAGCCUAUUUUUAUUAAGAUCAUCUAUGAUAUAUUGUGAUUGAGGUUCUGGCAUUGUUCAGCUUUGUGAUAUUCUGGAGUUUUUCAUUGUGUCACUCGGUUGGUAAAUCAGUUGAGUUGAUGAUGGACUCGUCAUCAUUAGGCCGGCCAGGAGGUUGUGUAACUAGAACCCCCAUGUGUCCUUGUCUGGAGACAAGGGGGUAGGGGGGGUCCCAAUCACGACUCGUGUCUCCCACACCAUACACGACUUGGCAGCUCACUUUUCCAGAUGUAUUUUUUCUCUGCUGGGGAAAAUUGCGGUGUUUGUUUAUACAAGGAGCUUGUGCCGGCCUUAUCUGCUCAGGCCACUCACACCGUGAUUUCAGAGCUUCAGCAUGUCGUUUACGGGCUAUUGUUCUGUCGAAUGGCUUCUAAAGAUAUGCUCAUGGCCUCCAACCUCAUUAUAACCAACUUGCAAGUUCUGAUUUUUAAAACACCCUAUCUGUCCCCCGUCCUGUCUCGCAUGGGUUUGAGCUUAGUCGACGUUGCCAAGCAUAGAAAAAGGUUAUGAUUUCCAUAGAUUUUUUAAUGACUAAGUCAAUAGCCUAUUGAUAGGCAUACAUACGUUUUGGUGUAGCCUAUUGGGUAUUCGCUAUUGACCUAAUUGGGGAAAACAUUUUCUCAAUACAUAGGCUAUUUUUAAACUGGCCUAAUUGAAAUAAAAUAAUUUGUAGAUCAAGUUGUAUUCCUAUAAAAUAAUAUAUCUAGGAUUAAACUAAUAAACUCUCCAUUCAUUAUCUGAUCAUGAAUGGGUUGUCAAUUUAUCAUGGGAGUAAGAUAGCCAAAUGGGCAUGCAAUGUUAAUUAGAUUUUGGGCGCUCAAUUGACCAUUUUAUGAUACAUUUUUGUGAAUGGGUGUGUGUGUGCGGCUGCCAAAUCUGUGUUCGUGAGUCGUGGCUGACGUCACGGCCAGUUAAACCGCAGUGUUUUGGGACAGGGGGACGGGGAGUCACGAAGCAAGAUGACACAUUCCUUUGCGCCGGGGAGCAGGCACGCCCCUCCAAGCUCCGCUGCUUUAUAACGGGACUGGGCCGGGCAGAGGGAGACUACACAAUUGUAACUCGAACUGCAAGUGGAAGCAACUGUUCCAGUCAAAGAUGUACUGGGAUACCAUCCUGAAAUCCAACGAGAGAAACAUAGAUACCAGAGACUCUAAAAUAAAGAUGGAGAUAUACCAAGCUGGAUAUUAUAUGGAAGACUUCAGAACACAGGAAGUCCCUGCUGGUUUGGACUUUGCAUCAUAUGACAGUAAAGGGCAGCAGCAACAGUAUCCAGAGAGUUAUGGAGAGCUGCAGAAGAAUCCACGUCCGUACGACAACAAAGUAACCUCAAGUGACUCUGUCCUGUUCAACCUGGAUUCAUACCCAGAGUUUAACUGUUGGGCGUCAUACCCAAGUGAUGGGCUGACUUUGGGCCAGUCUCAAGCGGGGUUCCAGGAUUCCACCCAGACGUACCACAGCCUUGUGCCCCUGUGUUCCCCAGCCCAGAGUGGACAGUUCAGCCCGGGCAUGGAGGAUGCCAGCACCAGCAACUCUUUCCUCCCUGGAAAAGGAACGAGCCACAGAGGGACCCCCAGCACUGUCAGCCUGGACCACCUCAAUGAAUCUGAGCAAAGCUACACCCGUCACUCAGGUGAAAAACUGUAUGACUCAGGAGCACAGAAGACCUCUUUCUGGCCGGACUACCCCUCUCCCAGCUAUAGCGCAUCCCUGCCGCCCCCUCAGCACCCUCCAUCUUGUUCCUCAAUCCCUAGACCACAGCAGCCCUCAGAGCUGUACUGCCCCCGUGUGGCCAAACGCAAAAGUGCACACUCCCAAAGACCGGAGAGGGAAGGAGGACAAGUGAUGGGAAUGUCAGUUUAUCCAGGAUCAGGGCCCAUCCAAUUGUGGCAGUUCUUACUGGAGCUGCUUCUAGACUCCGCCUGCUGUACCUUCAUCUGCUGGACAGGAGACGGUUGGGAGUUCAAGAUGUCCGACCCAGCAGAGGUGGCCAAGCGCUGGGGUCAGUGUAAGAACAAGCCCAAGAUGAACUAUGAGAAGCUGAGCCGCGGCCUGCGCUACUACUACCACAAGAACAUUAUCCACAAAACGACGGGCAAGCGCUACGUCUACCGCUUCGUCUGCGACGUGCAGGGGAUGCUGGGAAAGACGGCACAGGAGGUCCUAGCCAGCCUGAACAUUUUACCCACGGGUACAGAGUCAGCCUGGCAAGGCCAGGGGGCACCAGUAUUAUCGCCAGAGUCCAGCGAAGCAUGGGCGUCGCAGUAGGGGGAGUGUACCAGCAGCUACAUCACUAGAAAUAUGCUAUGUAGAACAAACAUGCCUCUUAGACAUGUAGAAAAUGAAUCACAUUGGCUCUAUUUAUGGCAUUUCUAUCUGCAACAUUAGACAAUGUUUGGUGUAAGACUUUUAUUACCAAGUGAUACAGUAGUAGCCAUAGCUGUGGGAAGUAGGGGUGCUAAAGUAGGGGUGCAGCACCCCCUGAAAAUCAGAAUAAACAAAUUCUGUAGUAGCCUUCAAUUUGAUUUAAUUUUAGUGUAUGACUUACCUCUUAUUAACAUCAGCAGAAUAAGAGCUCAAUGAAACUGUAAGCCCAGCUGUCUCCAAUACUGAUGCUCUUUAUGUUAAUUACAUGGUUAGUGAUUAACAACCCCCCUCAUCCUCAAGUACUUCUUGCCCCCUCUAAAAUAAUGGGUGCAUGACACCACUGCUUACCACCCAUGCUGUUGAACAAUGUUCAACAUUAACUUUGACUGUGAGGAUCUAUUUUUAUACCCUAACAUAUCUACCUCUUUUAUUGCUGACAAAAUAAAGCUAAGAGGGACCAUGCUUGUUCUGUUGAAUAUAAUGUGUGUGAUUUACAUGCUUUAGGGAACAAUAUUGUUUGUAAAAUGAUUGUAAAUAAACUGUACAUAACUUGAAAAUACUA